AUGCCUGAUAAACAGGAUUCAUCAAGUGGCAGGGUAAUAGAUAACCUUUUAUAUUGUCGAAAAUCAGACGUACCAAUUCGUUUGGAUAAAAGUUUACGAAAUUUGAAUCGAGCUCAAGUUGAAUUAUUAUUAACUAAUUUACCAUCUAAACAGCAAGAACAACGUGAUAAAGAAUAUAUUAAAUCAUUAGAUCCUUCGACAUAUAUAGACGACGAUCGUUUGAAGAUGUUUAAUGAAAUUCAAAAAAGUGCUGGUCCACCAAUUCACGUUCAAGAUUUCUUUAAUCAAUCAAAACAUAAUAAUGGCAAUAAUAAUAAGGACGAUGAUGAAUUUGAGGAUGAAGAGGAUGACGAGGAUGACAUGCCAUAUGACGACAUAGCUUCAUUUGCAGAUACAUUAACGUCAUUUUCCUAUCUUGUCAUUGAUGAUGAUGGUCUGACUAAUGGUGAUAGUGAUGAAAUAAAACUGGGAGAAGGAAGAGGAGGAGUUUCUAAGAAUGAAAUUUCGAAUGAUUAUCAAAAUCAAGCAGUUGAUGAAGAUUUUAAAUUAUCAGAGAGAUUAAAAGCAUUGAAUAAGAUAUUUGAAAUAUUAGCGAAUAAACUGGAAAUCGAUCACCCUUUAUCAGAAGAUGCUGCUAAUCAAUUAAUCGAAAAUUAUAAACUUAAAUUUGAUCAAACUCAACGAGAGAAAGAUAGUUAUUUAACUUUUCUUAAGAAAUUGAAGGAUAAGGAUACCCUGUUAGUUUCAUUUGAAGAGAAUGGAACAAGUAAUAGUGGUAGUGAAGCUGCUAGUAUACUUUCAGAAGAAGAAGUAAAGGAUUUGGAUUCAAAAUUAAAGCAAUCAUUACAAGAAUAUAAACAACUUUCUCAAGAAGAACAGGAUAAUCUAAAUGAAUUAAAACAACUUGAAAAUCAAAAAGUGGAAUUGGAAACUGAAUUAAGUAAUCUUAAGCAACAAUUAGAUGACUUGUAUAAACAUGAUUUAUCAGAGAUAUUAGUACUUCGAAAUAAGUUAAAGUUAGAUAUUGAUAAACAAAAUAAUAAAUUAGAACAAUCAAAAUCAGCUUAUAAAAUGCAUUUAAAUCAUUUGGAUAAAUUAAGAAAUAUGAAUAUUUAUACUACAUUAUUCAAUAUCACCUUUGAUGAUAAUGAUAAAUAUGCAUUAAUUAAUGGAUUCAGAUUAGGGUAUAAGAUAGUUUGGCCUGAAGUUAAUGCAGCAUUAGGACAAAUUGUGGUAUUAUUGAUAUUCUUAAUAAAUCGAUUAAAAUUCAAUCUUAUUGAUUAUAAAUUAUUACCCAUGGGAUCUCAUUCUCAAAUAAUAAAGUUUUCAAGCUCACAUCCUCAAUCUGAUACUCAUAAUCAAUCAGAAUCAGUUGAAUCAUCUGCUACUUUUAAUGAAACUACAACCACCACAGUAAGACCAUCAUCUACCACAGAAAAUCCAAAAACAGUAUUGAAUCUAUAUUCAUCAGAUGAAUUCUCAUUAGGGAAGUUAUUCAAUUAUAAUGAUUUAGAUGUAUCAAUGAUUGCUUUAUUGGAUAUUGUUUCGCAGGUCGAAACAAAGCUAAUGGAAAUUGAUCAUGAAAUCCAAUUACCAUAUAGAAUCUCACCUCAUAAGGAUUCCAUAGGAGGGAAAAGUAUAAGAGUCACAUCCAAACAUGAAUGGACUGAUAGUUGCAAGUUCCUCUUGACCAAUUUGAAUUGGAUGUUAAGGUAUACAAGUGUUCGAAAUGAGCCAACUCUGUAA